UUAUUGAGUAUUUUUUUUAAGAGGAAAAUUUCAUAUGAUAGUAUUGUAUUUCAAGAAAUUGUGAUUCUUUCAUUAUUUAAAAGUUGAAGAUGUUAGAGUUAAUUUGCAUCUCAUAAUAGUUUUUCUAUCAUUGCAUUAUUUAUACUUGUCCAAUCAUGUCAGAAUUUUUGUUUUCUAUCAGUUUCUUUAAUCAAGUUUUUAAUUUUUCUAAAAUAUUAAUGUAUUUUUUUUAAUAACUUUAUGUUAUUAUAUUAUUUUACUACAUUAUACCUUAAAAAUUUAAAGAUCCUUAGGCUUGGAGUCACGCCUCGUCCCGUGCUAAGUAAAAUGUCCCGACUUUUAAACAGUGCUAUUGGGUAUAGCUUAGGAGCAAAUUGACCAUUUACCCGACUUUAUUAUGACCUGUGGAGGAACCAAACGCCACCUUGAUGGUGAUCAUACCGAAACAAACCAUAAAUUUGCUUCUAAUUUUCGUAGUUUAUACAGUUUUCAAUUUUUGGGAUAUAAAUGGAGGGUACUGUAGAAGAUCAUAAUUCAUAACUUAUAGGCGCACAAAAAUGGUGAUGGAGAAGGAAUAUGUGUCAUAUUCCCUUAAUAUCGGGUACUCAAUUUUGAGAAUUCUCAAUUGUUUUAGCCCUGUGGGGUGUUAACUUUUUUGGCUAUAUUUUGCUUUUCUGUUUAUUUAUGACCAGAAAUCUUUGUUACCUUUUACUCCCUCCGUUUACUUUUACUUGUCACAAGUUUGGGGGGACAAGUGAUGCUGACGUGGAAGUGAGGCUGAACUCACAAGUCGUCCCAAGGAGAGGGAGUUUCAAGUACCUUAGGGCUAUAAUCCAAGGUAAUGGAAAGAUUGACGAGGAUGUCACAUAUCGUAUUGGAGCUGGGUGGUUGAGAUGGAGGCUCGCAUCUGGUGUCCUGUGUAAGAAGAAGGUGUGACCAAGACUUAAAAGGAAGUUCUACAAGUAGUGGUUAGACCGACGUUGUUGUUUGGAGUGGAGUGUUGGCCAGUUAAGAACUCUCAUGUUCAGAAGAUGAAAGUUGUGGAAAUGAGUAUGUUGAGAUGAAUGUGUGUGCUUACUAGGAGAGAUAUGGUAAGAAAUAAAGAUAUUCGGGACAAGGUGGGAGUGGCCUCCGUGGCAAACAAGAUGCGAGAGGUGAGGCUGAGAUGGUUCAGACAUUUCGAGCGAAGAGACACGGACGCCCCGGUGAGGAGAUGUGAGAGGAUGUCGAUGGAAUGCUGGAGGAAAGGUAGAGGUAGGCCGAAGAAGUAUUGGGAGAGGUGAUCAGGCAGGGCAUGGCUACUCUUCAGCUUACCAAGGACAUGGCCCUAGAUAAGAGGGUAUGGAGGUCGAGGAUUAGGGUAGAAGGCUAUUAGUAGGAUUAGUAGUAUUUUCCUUUCUAGUAGGAUCAAUAUAUCUUUCGUCAUUUUUAUUAAGUAUUCUCAUAUUUCUUAUUCUUAGUUUUCUAUUACUAGUGUUUGUUGGCGCUCCUGCUUUAAUUUUCUUACUAUCCUGGUGUUAUUGCUGCUUAUGUUGUCGUAUUGCCAUAUUUUUGCUUUACUUGAGCCAAGGGUCUAUCGGAAACAGCCUCUCUACCUACCAAGGUAGGCGUAAGGUAUGCGUACACUCUACCCUCACCAGGCCCCACUUGUUGGAUUACACUGGGUAUGUUGUUGUUGUUGUUGUACUUGUCACUUUUAGCAUAUCAAGAGAAAUGCAUAUUUUUUUCAUAUUUUACACUUAGCAUUAAUUACUUAUUCCCCAAAUUACUUUCCAAGAGCUAAGACUAGACAUCAGUUAAUAUGGGUAUUGUGGUAAAAUACUUAUAUCAAUUAUUGUUUUUUAAAGGAUGUGUAAAGGCAAACUAGACAAGUAAAAGUGAACAAUGGGAGUAGUUUAGUUUAGCUUUUGUCUUUUUACAGUUUGCAGUUACAUCGACUAUUCUUUUGGAUACCUGCUACCUCUAUCAGCACAAGUAUCAUGUAACUCUGCCCGUCAAGGAUUAGUCAGAUGGGAAUAAAUUACAUAGUAUAUUUUGCGAGUUUUUAGAUUUUCUUUUUUGGUUGUCUUUAUGAAGUUAAACUUGUACAAUUCUCUGUUGCUAUGACUAUGUGAGUGUAUCAUGGUGCUUUUAUUAUCUGGGGUAUCAUUGUAAAAUUGCUCACUUUUUGAGUCUCUAGGCUUUGGUUGUUGCAAGCUAUUAUUCUGUUCCGAUUACCUAUAGAUCUUGGACAGAUCAUUAAAAAUAGCAUUGGUGACAGCGGCGAAGCCAGAAUUUUUACUAAGGAGAUCUAAAAUUUAAAAACGUGAACACACGAAGAAUCCAAGAAGAUUCAACAUUUACUAUAUAUGUAUAUAAAAAAUAAUUUUUGACCUUGUAUAUACUGUGUAAUUAUCCAGCCAAUGGAGUUCAGAUGACCAUCCUUGUCCGCCCAAGCUCCGCCCCUAGUGGGUGGUAGCUGAAAAAGUUUAGUUUACUGAUCAUUCUUCUUGAUCUACUUAACAUUUUGAAGCCAAAAAAAAAAAAAAAUCUCUUGUUCGGUGUUGUGAUGUUCAUUGGAAAAUGCUGCUAAUAAUGUAUAACGGUUAUCUGUGUUUCUACAUUAUAUAAAAUACAAAGAAUCAAGGGAGAACAAGAAGAACAAUUGGGUUACGUUACAGUGAGAAUGUGAUUGAUUUAUGGCUUGUAUAUGUUGGAAGUUUCCUUAUAUUAUUUGCUCCCUUUAUUAUUUGGUGCUAGUAGGAAGUUCAGACUUCUAAGGGGGAAAUUAGGGCCCACUUCCCUGUCAAACAUGCCCACACUCCACAAAAGAGAAAGCAGUAGUGUGCAUUAGUUUGUCACUUAAAUAUGUAUCCAAAUUAACGCUUGUGCUCUAAUUUUAGAACCCGUGACUGGAAUUCAGAGGAAGCACAGAGUGUGUAUGUUCUUGGAGAUCUAUGAUUGGAUUAUAUAAAACAGAUUUUUCACAAGAUUCUUGGAUUGAAGAUCAAAUGCCAUGGCCAAGUGGAUAGCUUACCAAUACUAAAUACCACCUUGUUUUGGACAAUGAGCACCGUGAAGCUAUACGUGGUUUUUCUUCCAUUAGAUGCAGGUGAAAACUAAAGCCUUUGUCCCUUCCGAAGAAAAGUAUUUUAACCUUCUAUGUUCUGCUCUCUAACAAUUCAACUUCAGAUGUUCCUCUCUAAGAAAUUGCUUAUCUAUUUUACUCAUAUUUCUUUGGGUUCUUUCCUCUUCCUCUUGACUUGAGAAUGUUCGAGCAAAAUCUUACUGAUGUCAAAUGGCCUGCUUACUCGUUUCUGCAUUUGAGUGUCUUGCAUUGUGAGAUGCAGAUUGAACAUUGAGUCUUUUACUGUAAACACAUAAAUUGGUGGCAUACUGUUUAGUUGUGGGCCUGAAGGUUCCUUUAAUCUAAACCUUCUUCCUAAUUAAUUUAUAAAUCAUUGUUUUAAGUUUUGAAGACCCUUUCCAUGUAAGACCUUGGAUAUUCUUACUGAAUACAUUUGUAUUACUCCUAUACGUUUAUUUGGCUGUGUUCACUUGUAUUGGAAUAUCAGAUCUUGUCACUAAACUGUUAACUAGGUUGUUGAUUUUGAGCAAUAGUUGAACGCGUAAAAGCUCUAGAAUAGCAGAGCCAGUUGUAGUACAUCCCUGAUUUCUUCUGUUUGCCAUGGAAAAAUCUGUUUAUGCUGCAAAAUAUUUUGGUGAAUUUAAUUUUCCAGAAUAUUAUUACUCUUGCAUUCCUUUCAAACCGCCCACUUUGUGAGAUUUCACUGGGUAUGUUGUUGUAUUCUUUUCAAACCUGUUCUGAAAACUGCUUUUCAUGAGCCAAGGUCUAUCGGAGAACACCUCUCUACCCCCACAAAGGUACGGGUAAGGUCUACAUACACCUCACCCUUCCCAGACUACACUUGUGGGACCACACUGGGUAUGUUGGUGUUGUAUAUUAAGAUGUUAUUGGUGGAUUUUUGAGUUAGUAGUUAGUUUGAAAAGAUAAAAGUGCGAAAAGACUCUUAUUGAAUUGGUGAUUAACAAUAUCCAAGAGAGCUCUUUAUAUAGGAUGAAAAUAGGAAAGUUUCUGAAUCUUGGAAUCCCGAAUAAUAAUCUAGAAUAUUCUACAAAGUCACUUGAAUUGUGUCUGCAAAAUGGUGAGCAAUUAUCAAAAAAAAAAACUGUGUAGGAACUCUCUCCUCUGGAAAGUUCAUGGUAAUUGCGCUGUGGAAGAGUACUUCUAGUAGCAUUGAUAGAAAAAUCUAUUUUCAUUUUUCAAGCACCGAAAAAGGUAUAGUGACGCAGAUCUCCAUGAAACUAGUGGUGUAACACGAAUUGAAAUAUUUGAAAAAAGUUCAAAGAUAUUGCUAGAAUAGUGGUAGGUUGGUUACUCAAAAAAUCGCCAAAAGAAUGCUAGAAAAGUGAGAAGACUAGCAGGAGUUCUGACUAGAUAGGGGUAGUGUUGACUGGAAUAAGCCAUGGUGCUGUCAGAAUGAUCACCAGAAAUAUGUAUGGCGACGAAAAGAAUGGUUAGAAUCUUGGACAUAAUAGGCAGGGGAGCAGCUGGAACAAUAAUGGUAUAGAGGCAGGAAGCCACUGAAGAGAUCAUUUAGAAGAGGAACGAUCUGCUGGAAAAGUCACCAAAGAGGAGUGAUGCUGCCAAAUUGAUCACCACACAAAUACUAAAAUAAUAGAAAAGAAAUGGAUUUUCUCAAAGCAAGUGGCAUAAGGUCACGGGCUUAUGGGAAAAAAUUUGUUUCGGACAUAUUUGAGACUGAAGAGAGGCCAGAGAGUAAGAAGCUGAUUAAGAAAAUCAAGUUCUUCGUUCCUAAGGUUCCACUACAGAGAAAUGAUACCAACUGUGGUAAAUUUGUUUUGUACUACAUUAGCCUUUUCCUAGAGAGCGCUCCAGAAACUUUUAGCAUUGCAGAAGGCUACCCUUACUUUAUGAAGAAAGACUGGUUUACUCCUGACCAGUUAGAAAGCUUUUGGCAAAAACUGCAGACUGAGACCAGGGAUUCUUCUGAAGACUCAGCAUUUUCUGAUGGAAGCUUCUCAGGUUCUCAAGGCAUGUCUGCUGAACCUGCUUUGAGGGAUGAGGAUGCUUCUUCAGGCUCAGGAGAGGACUUAAACAUGUUAGAUGGACAGAGUAAGCAUCAAACGGUAACACCAAAUUUGGGUCAUCGCAAGGCAACUGGUGAUGCUACAGUUGAUUCAAUGCUGGAAAUUGCAACCACUUCAAAGAUGAGUGAAGCUACCAUUAUGAGGAAUGAGGAGCGCUUUGCUAUAAGCAAAUGCAUAAAAGUAUUAGAUGAAAUGCAAGGCGUUGAUCAAAGUAUCUACUUUUUUUGCAUUGGAUUUAUUUGAGAAUCCAAAUGCCAAAGAAACUUUUAUCUCUCUUAAGACUGAGAGACGCUUGACAUGGUUGCAGUGUAAGUUUAACACUUUGUCAAAUGCAGCUAACGCAUGAAAUUAAGAGCCUUGUUAUAGUUCUCGACUUUCAUAUAGGGGGUUUCUGCUACGACUUUGACUGUUAAAAAGGGCAGCUAGAUGACUUUGACUGUUUAGAUAUUACUAUUGUAUAUGGAAUUUAUAACUGGGAGUGGUUGGAUGCUUAGUUUAAUUCGUAAUUAUUGUUGGUUGUUAUACAAGAACUUUUAUGUUA